CAAACUCCUCCUCUUCCCGCCUUUCUCGGUUCUCCGUUCAGCAUUUCCCUGCACCCGCUUUAUUCAUGUUGGAUUUACCUUUCUAUUAUAUGUAUAUGUACAUUUCUAUUAUAUUGCAGUUGGAAUAGUGCAGUCUGAGCCACACAGUUCCAGUUUGAUUUUAACCGUAUCCAUUUGUGGGCUUUGCUUUUUGCUCGAUUUUUAUUUUUUCCGCCUGUUUCCUGUUUGUGUCUCACUGCUUUCUUCACCAGCCUUUUCCAGCAUUACUUCUAACAAAAGUUUCAUUUCUUGGUCAUGGAUGAUUUCGUAAGAAACACACUGUUUAAAUGGGGCCUAGCUGAGUGGGUGGAGAAAUUUAAAGAUGAAGAAAUCAAUGCGCAAAGUCUGUAUUAUCUAGAUGAUCGAGAAAUUGAUAAUUUGAUCACAAAAGCUGGGCCAAGAGUGAUAUUCAAGAAUAACCUCAAGCGGUUAAAGGGUAAACAGGAGCAUGCAGAAGCAGCUGAUGUGGUUCAGGAAGAACAAAGCUCAAAUCAGGGACCAACUGUUUUUUUUCAACAGUGUGAACAGGAGCAUGAAGAAGCAGCUGAUGUGGUUCAGGUUUUGCCAUCCACAAGUUCCAAAGGAAAGCGAAAGUCGGAUCUUCAGGCUGAGUCCCUCAAAUGUUCCCCAGCAGCUAAAAGACGUUGUGACUCAGUACUUGACACCAAAAUAUUGUCUGAAGUGAAAAGCAUAAUGAAACAAAUCAAGGACGAUAUAAACGACAAAGAAGAACUUGGUGCUUUUAUAAAGAAUAAAAUCAGUGAUUUAGAGAUUGACAAGAGAGAGCUUGUUGGUGUCUUUGGAAGAAGUGGGGCUGGAAAGAGCUCGUUAAUCAAUGCCAUCAUUGAUGAGAAGAAUCUUUUGCCCACUGGAAGUAUCAGCGCAUGCACCUCAGUCAUGAUUAAAGUGGAGGCUAACACACGUAGCUUAAAGUAUGAAGCGGAAAUUGAGUUCAUUAAAAAAGAGGAGUGGCAUGAUGAAUUAUGGUCACUGAAAACUUACAAGAAAGGUGAUGAUGACUAUCGGGACAUGGUUAAAAAGCUGUCAGCCCUGUAUGGAGAAGAAUGGAGAGACAAAUCCCCUAAAAACCUUAUAGAACCAAAGUAUUUCAAAAAUAUUCCAGAAUUUCUAGCGUCCAAGCGGAAAUCUUUGAGUUGUGACACAGCUCAAGAGCUAUCUCAAAAACUUCGUAUAUACACAAAGGGUGGACCAAAGCAGGAAGAUGGAUAUACAGCACCGCAGUGGUUUUGGCCACUAGUGAAAAGUGUGACUGUCAGGGUGCCACACAAUGAGCUCCUCCAGCAUGUCACACUUGUGGACCUUCCUGGAAAUGGUGAUCGUAACAAGAGCAGGAAUGAAAUGUGGAAACAGAUUGUUGUAGAUUGUUCUACUGUGUGGAUUGUGGCUGAAAUUACUCGAGCAGCAUCAGAAGUUGAAGCCUGGGAGAUCCUAAAAAGUGCACAUGGCCUCAUUGGAAAUGGUGGUCAAUGUCAGCAAAUCCACUUUAUCUGCACCAAGUCUGAUCCUGCAGAUGAUCGAGUUCCAAAAAACAAGGAAGCCAAGGAAGAAGUGAUGAACGAAUUCCAGGAACUGAGUGAGCAGUUCAGUGAUAAAGGUUUCAAAGUGUUCACAGUGAGUGCUGAUGAGUUCCUGAAAAGAAAACGUGUAAAAGAAGAUGACAAUGAAAUACCCAAACUUCAAGACUUCCUGCAAAAUCUCAACGACUGCCACUCUGAGACAGUAAACUAUGUGAAUGGAGCUUAUGGGAUUCUGUCUUUGAUUGAAGGUGCCAGGUGCAGCAAAGCGGGUGUUGGAAAAGCAGAUGAUGUAUGUAAAGUUCUCGAGAAAAACAUGAGAGAACAACUUGAUCAAGUCAAAAGAGCAGUUGAUGAAGCGAUGAAGGAUUUUGAACAAUGUCUUACAGAAGGGGUUAAAAAUUCCAAAACCUCUGAAGAAAAACUGAAAUUUUUUUUGGACCGUGAUCAAGAGCCUAGUUUUUUCAAGACACUGGAGGCUGUGGUUUGGAAAUACGGCAUCCACCAAACAAAAAAAGGGGAACAAAUUAAUCUCAACACAGUAUUAGCUUCAUGCUUGACUGACAGCAUUGAUGAAGAAUUCAGAAAGACCUUCCCAAAUGAUGUUAAAGGCGGAUCUUUCAAUGGAGUCAUCAGUAGAUUUUCACUUGACACAAAGUCACUGAUUCAAAAAUACCAAGAUGUCAAACUGCAGCUGAUAUUUCUCCAGACAGAGGAGGAUAAAAUUAAGGCAAAACUCAACAAAAUAAUCCUAAAGGGGAAGAAAAUCAUCUACAACAGUCUAACAGAGACAAUUGAGAAAAACAUGAAAAAGUGUUAUGAAGAUGCACGAAAAAUUUCUGGAACUGAUGCACUGAAAAAAAUGAGGAAGACUAUUGAGACACAUGUAUCCUCAAAUAGGAACAUGUAUGAGGACGCAAAAAAGACCAUGAUGAAGAAGAUGAAUAUAUUGAUGACGAUCAUCUGUAAGGAACUGGAGGAAACCAUGGACCACUCCAUUAAACACUCACUCAAGGCAUCAGCUUUGAGUGAGAGUCUCCCAGAUGUUUCAGAGCAUCUUGAAACUGUGCAGCAACAUUACAGUGAAGUUAAGCGCAGUCAAGAGGGAGAAAUGACAUCACAGUAACCAGAUUUGCUCCACACAGUAACAGCAGAAACCUGAUGACCCACUCAACAUCUCUGAGGGAACACUGACCAAAAGCAUGAGGUCUCUGGAUAUCACCACAGACAUUUUUGUCAAGUUGUGUUGCCUGCUGUCUUUGAAUGUUGUGUUUGACUUUUUAUGAAUUUGGUGAAAUUAGAUUUUUCAGUCUUCACUGAGAGAAGGUCCUGGGUUUGAAUCCAGUUUGAGGCCUUUCUGUGUGGACUUUGCAUGUUCUUCCUGUGUCUGUGUGGGUGCUCUCUGUGUACUCCAACUUCUUCACACAGGCCAAAAACAUGCAUGGGGCUUAGGUUAAUGGGUGUUAUUAGUUUUGUAUUUUGUCAUUCAUUUUUAUUUUUCAUUUCUGUUUAGUUUCAAGACUUACAAUUUCAAUUUAUUGUUUAAUGUUUGAAAAUGUUUAGUUUUAGUUGGUUUUUAUUACUGUUACGUUCUGAUUUUAUCUACUGUUUUUUUCUUUUAAUCAAUUUUAAGUCAUGCUUUUUUAUUGUUUUUUAAUGUCUCUGUAAAGCACUUUGAAUCACCUUGUUGUUGAAUUGUGCUAUAUAAAUAAACUUGCCUUGCCUUACUGUUAAUUUUUUUAAAUUAUUGUUGUAUUUAGUGGAAAUAUCAGAAACAAAAUUUAGGAAAACCAGUGGAAACAAUAGAAAUGUUUCACUUUUUGAAAACAGUUGACCCAUUUGUCUUGUAGAUGUCCAGUGUCUCAAACAUGUCCAUCAAUACCAUGUCAGGCACAUUGUAAUAACAUUUUUACCAAACUAACAAAUACUGAAACUAAGGCUAUUUCCUCUAUACACUGAUUUGUAUUUCAAAUGAGGUCAUUUAAUCAUUUCUGUUGUUUAUUGUUUUUAUUUUGUUUAACUAAAAUAUUCAUAUCUAGUCUUAGUUUGUACUUUAGUUUUAGUUGAGUGUAAUAACCUUAGCAACCUGUUCAGGGUGUACUCUGCCUCUCGCUUGACAACUGGGAAAGACUCCAGCAACCCCGAAUUGGAUAAGCAGAAGAAAAUGGAUGGAUGAAGAUUUUUAAGCAUGAAUUCCUCCCAGGGUUUUUAAGGUUUUUAAGGGCAGCACUCUGUGCAAAUAUGUUUUGAUGUCUAUUUUCUUCAUUUUGUUGUAUUUGUUCAUUAUUUGUAAACCCUAGUUAUAGAGAAAAUUAUACAGCGGUAGAACUACAAUGUUACAGAUUUUAAUUUUAGUGCUUUAAACCACAGGAAUACUGUGGUUUAAAGAGAUUCUUUCCAGUUUUAAGGAUUCAAUUUAAGUAAAUUUGAAAAUUUAUUUUCGUGAUGUAUUUGUCAGUUUUAUUCUUAAACUUCUAUAGCACAUGUCUUAUGUAUACCAUUUUACUUACAUUUCUAACAUAAAUAUUAAUUUACUGUAAUACAAUGGUUUCUUUGGUUGUCAUAAGUAAUAAAGCAGCAGCAAAAAUGUCUCACCUUCUA